AUGAACACCCAAGAACAACUUCCCAUCUCUGAGCCCCUGCGUUCAACCACUAUUCCAAUCGCACAAAUCGGCCCGGACGUUGAAGGACUCUCCGAUCGCUCUGUUCACGCGGUCGUGACUUUAGUAUGGCCGUAUUCGUCUUCCAACCGAUCUCUCAGCCUGCUGUUAGCUGAACCCGACUUCCGCCUCCGCCGAACCAAUGGUCAAGUUAAGGUGGUCUUUCAUGGGCAUGUGGCAGAAGCUGUAGCAAAGUCUCAGGUUGGAAAUGGCGACCAUAUUUUUGUUGGAUUGGCUGGGUCGCGAUUCGUGAGCAGCGAAGCACAAGCUCAAACACCGGGAAGAUUGGAGACUUGGAGGUCCCCUGCCUUUGUGGAAAGAACUCGCACGUCUUUUGGUGGCCUCGUGGACUCAGCCUAUGAUCCGUUUGCAGAGGAAGAUGGGUACAUCCCUGGGAGAGGAAGAAAACGGCCAAGGUUUAGCUUACGGGGUGCGGACUGGCGAGUGGUCGACGAACCUGCGAGUCCCGGUGAUAGAGAAGUGCCGGCUGACUGGACCUGGAUGUUCGAAGAGAAUGAAUCUCAUGAAUCCGAUGCUAAAGCAGAAGACCAGAUCGAAGACGCUAUAGUUAAACAAGCCACAACUUCAGCUGGUGGCACAGUGUCGGCUGCUUUCACCACUGCGGACAUUGCCAUGGAUGUGGAUGAUGGGUACUCUGAUAUUGCUAUGAAGAGCCCCGAGCAACCGAAUGAGCAAGUAGCUACGCCCAAUUUUCAGAUUCCCCAGAAUCGACCUCUCAGUGUGGCAGGGUUCUUUCACCGACAAAAUAUCCCCGAAUCCGAUGCUCACCUUCCAACCGAUACGCCACGCCUCUAUCCCAUCCCUUCUCCCGGGCUGCCGGUUCCAUCUCCACUCAUCACUACUUCUAACAAUGCGCAUGGCUACUUUCCACCCGUCACUCCUAGUGCACAGGUGACUUCAGCUGGAUCAAUUUCUAAGGGAUCACCCAUUGGUGCUACGGUCACUGAGGACAGAGUGGUUUCCGCUGUGCGGUCUGACAUCGCAACGGCGCAAGAAGCUGGUCUGCCGUCCGAACUAGUCAUUGAAACAGUAGAAUCUUCUUCAGUUUCGCAAGACCUUGCCCUUCAGUGCCAGCCUUUGGACUCUGGAAUCGGCGCGGCUACGGCUGAUACAACACUGGGCGAAAGUACAGAACUAGCUAUACAACAGAGCGAAGUUACUAAAACAUCAGCGUCCACUGUCGAUGCCACUCCCUCAGAUGCAACGAGACUUGCAGAAGUUACAACCGAGGAACUUCAACACAUUGGUGCGAAGGCAGAGUUACAAGAGAACUUACGUCAACAAAGGAGUGGGAUCUGGGCCGAGGACGUUGCUGAAGCCAGCGAAGAAGAGUCGCCCGAAGCAGAGAUUGUUGAAGUUAGCAGAGUGGGUUCCGACGAAGAGGAGGAAGAGGAGGAGGAGGAGGAGGAGGAGGAAGGAUCAGCACAAGAAUCAGACGAGGAUAAGUCAGGGAUAUCAGGGGUGUCAGAGGUGUCAGAGGACGAGAGUGAAGAUAGGUCACUCGAGGACGAACACCAACAUGGAUAUCCCUCGCAAAUUUCGACAAGUCGUGGAUCCCGCCCAAAGCGUCUGAGAGAACAUGCUGAAUCAGACAUCGAAGAGCUUGCAGACGAGACAAGAGAGGAAAUCAAAGAGGACUACCAAUCCAACACCGAAAGUGAAGGAUAUUCGUCCAUAGAGAGUCAGCUGGUUGAAGAAAAUCAGGAAGGUGUCAUUGAUGUCCAUAAAAAGGCAGAUGAGUUUGAAAGUGAAGAUGAAGAUGAGGAUGGGGAGGUGGUGGCGGAGGAGGAAGAAGAAGAAGCAGAUGAUGAAGAUGAUGAUGGUGAUGAUGAAGAGGACGAGGAGUCAUCUGAUCUUCAGGACGAACAAGAUGUGUACGAGGAUGACUACGACCAGAUGGAAUCUGAUUAUGACUCGGAAUCAGACGUAGAGUCUUCUGGUGGACCGCAGAAGACCUCCCAUCCGGAGGUCAUCGUACUGGAUAGCGACAGCGAGGACGAACCAUCCACCGCUCUUCUAGAGCACGCCCAGCCCAGAUUGACUGCAAAUGCUACUUCAGCUGAGAUUGCAGAGGGGCCAUUGUCAUCAGCUGAAGAUGAUGAUAUUUCGGAUAGAAUCCCGACUGAUUCGGAGGCCGAAGAAUGGGCCGAGGAUGAGAAUGAACCCAGAGAGUAUGCUCAGGCAGGAGAUGGACGAGAGGGAGCAGAAUUUAUACAUGACAGAUCCAUCCCAAGCGACCCUGAGGAGGAUCAAGCGAUGGAGGAUGUACCUCAAGAAAAUGAUACCAUGGAUGGGGAGCAAGUCGGAUUUCAGGAUGUCGAGCAGGAUGAAGAGCUUGCAGAAUCAGUGCACGACCAGCUUCAAAGCGGUUAUGAAGCUGAAGAAACGCCUAGUUCUCGCACUGGAGAUGAAGCACUGCAAGCAAUGGAGCCUUCAUCGCGAAGCCCGGAAAGAAUUGGUGAUUUCCAAGAUGGUAUUCCCACUGCGCUGUCCACGUCUGCUGGUUUCACUCUUACUCCACAGACCCAGGAUGCACCGAUUGAUCCUGAAUCGAUUGGAAUGGAACACAGCCAAGAUGUUGCUCUAUCAGACAACCCCGAAGACGAAACAGAGAUCCGACAGGCUGGUUUGGACCGUGUAACCGGCAAUGGUCCAUCGUUUGAUGGUGCUGCUUCGCCGCGUUCGGUCGAGAAUCUUGCGCAUAUGACUCCCCACGUCCUAAUCACAACACCACCACCCCAACAGCUCGUCACCCCAGAUGCCUCACAAGUGAUUGCGCUUGACCAGCCCACCUCUCUAGAUAUUUCGACGGAUGAAAUUCUACCGACACCCGAACACACCCAGGAGACCCCCCAUGAUCAGAGCCCAAGGCAUGAGACCCAUCUUGCUGCUUCAAAUCAGACGGCGGUGCAUAUAUCCACACAGUUUGUGGAAAACGAUGUGGAGAAGGAAUACAACGUCGAAAUGAGCUCUACAUCAAUCGAACAAUCGGAGCAGGUCCAAACUCAGGAAGCAUUAUUGCUCGAUGCAGAAUAUGUGAUGUCUUCUGUCGAGACUGAACCCCAACAUAUCCAGGCAUGGAAUGUACCUGGAGCAAUAAAACGAAGUCUACCAGCUGUCGUUGACCGGCAUCAUCCCGGUCUACGUAGCAAAUACUCCUACUUCGCCCCCCUCGCCACACUUAUCGACCAUUUCAAUGCUCUGACUGACACAAUUUCUAUCGUGGCGGAAGCAUCGCCUACAACUCGAGUAACCUCAGGUAAAAAGGACUUCAUGGUCACGCUCCAGCUUACCGAUCCAUCGAUGGCGGGAACGACAAUCGUUGCACAGAUCUUCCGGCCUUACAAGACAGCUCUCCCUUCUGUAGGAGAGGGCGACGCCAUUCUACUCCGCAAUUUCCAGGUCAAGAGCUUCAAUCACUCGAUGAUGCUUGUCAGUACAGAUACCAGCGCAUGGGUUGUAUUUAACGGCUCUGAUGAACCACAGAUCGCCGGUCCUCCAGUCGAAUACGGCGACGAGGAGGUCACUCACACUAGUAUGCUGCGACAAUGGUAUUACGAAGAUGGCAUCGCGUUGGUAGCGGAUCAUCAGCUGCAAGCUGCCGUUGGAAGAUCCAGCAGAGAAGCAACGCCUUUCAGCAGUGCUGCACCUAGCGAGGCAGGAAGCAUCGAUUCGACUUUGCGCGAGGGACGCGGUGAAUCUUCCGUGUCUCAAAGAGGCUUGAGACGUCGCAAAUCCCACCGACGGAUUACGAUUCACGAAUUGAGAGAUGGGCGGAGGUAUACCGAGGUCGGCUCGCCUUCUGAUAAGGAAAGCAUACACGAGUUACGGGAUGGCACUGUUUAUGCAAAUCUUUGA